CACCUCGAAGAAGAAGACGAGGAAGAAGAAGAUGGAGUCAGAAACAGGACGCUGCGCCUAAUCAGGGAAUCUGCAGACUGCUGAAAAUCAAUAAACCUGAACCCGUUUACCGUCGGAACGACAGACGGUGUCUCUCUCCCGCGUAGCGCCGACAGCCGGGCUCGAGUUGGGUUCUCCAGCCUCCACCGAAGUUCCUCCCUUCCUUCCUCAUCAUGGUGGACUACUACCAGGUUUUAGGAGUGAGGAGAGAUUCGUCUGCGGAUGACAUAAAGAAAGCCUACAGAAAGCUGGCGUUGAGGUGGCACCCUGAUAAGAACCCUGAGAACAAGGAGGAGGCGGAGAUAAAGUUCAAGGAGCUGUCGGAGGCGUAUGAAGUCCUGUCCGAUGCCAACAAGAGGACCAUAUAUGACCGCUACGGCAAAGAAGGGCUGACGGGGACCAACGGAGGGAGAGGGGGCCAUUUCCACAACGGAGAGCAUUUCCACGAACAUUUCACAUUCCGCAACCCAGAUGACGUCUUCAGGGAAUUCUUCGGAGGCAGCGACCCAUUUGCAGACUUCUUCGGUACAGAUCCAUUCAGCGAGGACCCGUUCUUCGGCCGGCGGCACCAGAACCGGGCCAAUCGCAGCCGAACAGGCGGCUCGUUUUUUGGGGGCUUCGUUGGGUUUCCUCCCUUUGGUGCCGGCUUCUCAGCGUUUGACCCGGGUUUCGGCUCUUUCGGCUCCAUGAGCCAUAUGGGGCAUAUGGGGCAUAUGGGUCACAUGGGUCACAUGGGUCACAUGGCACCCAUGGGCAGCCUGGGAGGCGGAGGCUUCACCUCUUUCUCCUCCUCCUCCUUUGGGGGAGGAGGAGGAGGCGGCAUGGGCAACUUCCGCUCAGUGUCCACCUCCUCCAAGAUCAUCAACGGCAGGAAGAUCACCACUAAAAGGAUCGUAGAGAACGGUCAGGAACGGGUGGAGGUGGAGGAGGACGGUCAGCUGCGGUCAUUAACCAUUAAUGGCAAAGAGCAGCUGCUGCGACUGGAACACAAGUGAGGACGGAGAGCGCCCCCUGCUGGAGAAGUGCUACCUCGGCACAAACAGACCAACGCACGAGCUCGGAUCGGAAGGACGAAGAAAAGGCAUAAAGCGACGUAAUAAUAGUGCUCUGCUGUUGUUUGGGUGUACAUACUUAGUUUGUUUCCCCUCGUGUCCUCUCUCCCUGCUGACUCUCGUCUGUUGAUCGUCGGUUUGAUUCCCAGAUUAGGACGCAGACAUUCUAUGCAUUUUUGUUAAUGUAUUUCUGAAUUGGAGCUGUCCUUUUACUUUGGCUCAGGGUGGUGUUAUUGUUUGAGUGUUUGGGACCACAGUAUUGCUCUCAUGUACAUGACCCCACACACACACACGUUCCUGUUUGCACUCCAUGCAAUGUGCGCGUGUGACGGUACGCACACACACGCAAUGUGCGCGUGUGACGGUACGCACACACACGCACCGCGUUUAGAAAACAAAGCAUGACUUCUGCUUUUUCAUCUGAAUAGUAAAAAAAAAAGUUGCGUUCUUUUUUUUUUUCUUUUUUUUUUCUUUAGGUGAGUAGAAAUGACAAAAGCAUUCCCUCCCUCCCUCUGUGUUUACUGCUUGUCUAACCUCUUAGUAAUAAUUCCUUUUUUUAUAAAAAAAAUACAAUGCUGUUAGGAUGUUAUGCAAUUUUAUAUGUUCUCAUAACAAAUGUUUAUUUAAUUCUGCAUGUACACCUGUUGAUGUUGAGUCUUAAUGUUACAGCUGCAUUAUGAUGCACAAAUAAUGGAAGGCAUUCUAUAAAUGAUAUAUGGAUAUAGAAGGAAUUUUGUGUACUUUGCAAACCAAUAAAUCUUGAGUUUCAUCCUGUUUUCAGGAUGCGGAAUCUUGA